AUGGUUCGACAAUUCACCUUCCAACCUAGCGAUCGAAGGUCUACUGGAAAUGACGGCAGGACGAUGCGACAUAGCCACUGGGGGCGCUACAAUACCUUCUACGGACUCUCCUUCACGACUACCCUUUCGACGGUCCUUUUGCUUUCGCAGCUCAACGAAUGGCGUGUAACUGGAGAGCUCUUCACCGUAGCCAACAAGUUUCCUGGUUCCGCAGCGCUUGUUGUACAGCUUCUCGCCGCUUUCUUUGGGCUUUUGCAUAUCGCAGUUAUCUGCAAACUCAUCAACUAUGCACUUCGACUGCGCCUUGCGAAUGUCAACGUUUCUCUAGAUGUUUUGCGUACGUGGGUGGAUAUGAGCAUCAUGAGGGUCGACUGGGACUUGCCUCUGCGCUUCUUCUUUCCUAGCGUCCUUGUUGUCCUCCUCAGUCUUAUACCUGCCGCACUCUGGGCUGGUUCGAUGACGCCAUCAGUAUCGAGGACAGUGGGCAGUGGCAUGCUCUUGAUACCAAGUUAUGAAGAUGUUUCGAUGAUCAAGGAGUAUCCGAUGAUGAUUGGCAGCUCAGGACCGUCUAUGCGCUCACAAAAAGGCUUCUUCACUUAUUCGGUUGGCCAACAACAAAGCGGUCAGCUUCUUUCAUCUGCUGCUCAAGCAUCCUCCUUUGGCACAGGGCCGCAUGUCCAUCGCAAACUCGACAACACUCAGUUCAGCUACCGAGGUCGUUCAUAUGGCGUCGGCGCAUCUAUCGGGUUGAAGGACCAGGGAAUCACCUCAAACGGUCAGGUCGCAGGAUAUAUCUAUGAAGAGGCGGGCUACCUGGCAAACGUCACCUGCACGUACAAUGCGACUUCCAACUUCACUCUCUCUGGACCAGUCAACGAAUGGAUCUAUGCGGCAUCUGGUAAUCUUCCGGACAGCGAGGAAGGCCCGGAGUAUUCAAACUACAUCGGUCACGACGGCAAGGCUAUCGUAGCAAUGGGCGUGGCGUACAGCGAUCGCUCGCCUCGUCGCUAUCUUUCCAUCGCAGCUGGCGAAGCUUAUUCGUUUCUCAACACCACGCAAUGCGAAUUCGAAUUCACGCCCACGCUAUUCAACAUUACUGUCGAUGUCGGAACCCUCAACAUUACGGUGAAGCCAAUACGAACAAUACCCGAUUUCAAUCCUCAGCGCAACAUCACACGAACCGUCGUACGCCAGUUCGAGCUUAUGUCAAACGACAUGACCAAUUUGUAUGUCUCGCUCCUGGGUGAAGCGUUCAACUCGAGUAUCGCAGCAUACAAGAUGUCACGCGCAUUCGCUACUAAUCAAACGAUCAACUCGAUUCCACAGGAAGAAGCAACACUCGCCGGUCUCACCAACAGCAUGGUCGCCAUGGCCGACGAUAUGCUAGUAGCAUACGCAUCCGCGCAAUUGAUGGUAGGACGCAUGUUUACCCAGCAGCCAGCCAAGGUCUAUCUUUAUGCCCUGCAGUUCGGUCAGCCAAGUUACAUCUACGCCAUCUUUUCUCUCAACCUCGUCAUCAUCAUCGCAGUCGUCUGCGAGGCCUUCCGCACAACAGGCUGGUCUAAUCUGGGCCGCUUCAAUUACCUCGAUCCCCGCGAUCUCAUUAUCGCUGCGUCGAGGGGUGGAGGCGACAUUGCAGCUGCAGCUGACGAUAUCAUCGAGCGAAGAGAGGGCAGACGGAUGAAGCAUAUUUGGUUGUUAAGUGAUCCCGAUGAGGGUAAUGGGUCGCUUAUCGUCAACUUGAAGGGAGAUCAGGACGGGCAUGUUAGGAUCGAAGUGGGAGCUGGGCAGUGUGAGAAGGAUGCAGGAAGUGAAUACCCAGCGGAUGAGAAGAAGAUGUAUGUGGAGCCUGAAGGUGCGACGGAGAGGGGACCGUUGACGCCCAAAACACCGUUGAAGAUGAAGGUUGGCAUUUUUGGAUCGAAGUAG